AUGACCAAAAUACCUGUUGCCCAUGCACCUCAUACGCGGAUCGGCAUUUGCACCUUGAAUAACCGCUUAUCCUUGUCGGAGGAUAAGGGAGACACCCAAACUAUAUGGUCGUUACAUCAAGACAAUGUGAUGACAUGGGUCAAAACUUACUCCAUAAAUCUCCGUUCAACUCUCGAUUGUCCUAUUCAUGAUGAAGAUUAUGAGGAGUAUCUUCGCCCGCAGCCAACAACAGGCUAUUGCUCUAUGACUCCAGCGACGACAACCACAAGCUCGUGCUAUACAAUUCUCGGUUUAACUCAUUUAGUAAAUUCUUCACAGCUCCUUAUUUACUGGGAGGUACCGUUUCUUAUUACCAAAGCUUGA